AUGGGUGUUAUUUCAGUAAUUACCAUGAUUCACAUUGUAGAUCUCAUUCUCUUUGUUUCUAUGAUUGUUUUCUUCCAUUUAGGAGACCCAUAUAUGGUGAAAGCAGUCCUAGUAUUUCAAUUACUGUUCAAUAUAGCACUGAGCAUUCUAGUUGUUAGCUUUUUCAUUUUGUGGAUUUAUGUGAGCAGGAAAUUUUUAGAGUGGAAAGGGAUGCACUCUCACGAAAGAUAUAUUAUUCUGACAAAGAAACUAUUUUUUGUGGCAUGCUUUUUUGUCUGCCUUAUUAUCCUUAAAGCUCUUGCAAAUAUUUUCCUCACAACCUAUGUUUCUCUGUGUGGACCUAUUUGUGUGAAUGUGCAGAUUAUAUUGAAUAGUUGUACGUGCUCUGUUGGAGAUUUGAUUCCACUCCUCUCCCUGUAUUAUACAUUCUGGUUCUUUGAUAAACCAAAAAAGAAAGAAGGAGAAAAUAACAACUUGCUUAUUCCAGUACCUAAGAACAACACUGAAACUGCUUUGAGAACACUUCAUAACACCUCACUGUCUUCCCUUCCAGUAGAUGUUCAAUUAAUAGACGACUAUGAGGAAUAA